AUGGCUCGACUACAACGCGCAGGAGGUGGAUGUUUGACCUGUAAACGGAGGAAAAAGAAAUGCGAUCUGGGGAUCCCUUCAUGCGAGAACUGUGUCCGUCUGCAGAUCGCAUGCGGAGGGUACAAGCCACGACUUCUCUGGGAAGAUGACCCUGUACGACAAGGUAUUAGGCGCAGAGGCCCUUCCUCGUCCCGCAGAGCUCAUCUACACAGCAAUAUUGGGCACCGUGACCAAGAGGCUCCGACGGCAAAUACCGACGAACAGAACGAAGAGGCAGGCGUGUUGGUCCUAGACCUCGUGAAUUGCACGUCACUCACACUGCCUCAACGCAAGCAAUUUCGACUUGCUCCUAGUUGGCAACGUCCUGCUACAAUACCGCAUCAUCCCCCGGCCACAAUCGCAAACUCCUUUCUCGAGCAUGUCCUCUGGGACCAUUACAUUAAUUGCUUUGCAAGAACAUAUCCCACGCACUCAGAGACAGACAACCCGUUCCUGUCAUGUCUCGCUCCUGCUGCGAUCGAGUAUGAGCCCGUUCGUUGGAUUCUGAUGGCGAUUGCAGGACUGCAUGCCAAGUCAAGGAAUCUUCCGUAUUUGGACCAUGAGAUCUCUCAUCUGCGACUUCGGGCGUUGAAGGCCUGCCCUCAGAUUUCGAGCAGGACCCGGAGACUUGACACCCUAAAAUCAAACCCAGAGAAUGACAGCAUUUUGUUCCAGAUUACAAAAGUGGAGGCUGACGAUCUAUGCCUUGUCACUACCGCAGCGUUGCUGGCCGUUUUUGGAAAGCUGUCCGGAGAAGUCUAUGACAACAUACAACCCUAUCUAGAGUUUGCACAAGAGUUUUUGUGCCGUGGAGGCACUGCACGAAAUCAUGAAGUGCCGUCUACAACACCGCUUCACCUAUUUCUUCACGACCUUGUUUCUUACAACCAACUCCUGGCGCUGGUGGCUGACACAAGGUUGACCUCGCCGUCCGGUAACAGUCUUGAGGAGACCACAUUCGUAAACUUGUCCCACCGGUCAAAUCCAAACUUCGCGGAUCUACUCUACCGUAUCAGCGAAAAUGUCCAGCAUGUCUCAACGCUUGACAUCGAUUGCUGGGAUGGGAAAUUGGACUUCCUCCCAAGCUUCAGCAUGAAAAGGAAAGCUACAGAACAUGAUGAAAGCGCCAAUGCCUGGCUCGUACAAGAGCCCUCGUGCUCUACAAUUGGCGUCGAUGAUGGUGCAAAGAAAGACGAAGAAUUCGUCAUAGGAGAAAUCUACCGCCUCGCGAGCCGAAUCUACUUCUUCAAGCAACUUAGGGACCGUGAUGGCCUCCCAGAAACUACGACUACCCUUGCAUACCCACCAUUCAUGGCCCAUAGACAGAUCAAAAGGCACGUGAAGCGGGCCAUGGGACUCUUUCGCUUGCUACCUGAUGAUUCGCAAUUCAACACAGCCAUAUUACUGCCUCUUGGAAUAAUUGCCCCUCAGCUUACUUCCCGACAAGACCAGGCAUUCGUCAUUGAGAAACUGAAAAUGCUUAAAAAGACACAGUGCUUUGAUGUCUUUCGAGUGUUCAGCCAAGAUCUUCAGCGUGAAUGGGCACUUACCCAGCACUCUUAUCGGUCAGCCUUUCUCACGACGAACGAACUUGAAAAACCGGUGAGGUUACUAGGUUGA